CGCAAAAAAAAUAAAAAAAAUAAAAAAGACGCGUUUCGUUUUCAGCGGCUUCAGUCUUCACUAACCAGAGUAGUAACCACACCGCCAUUUUCCCACUUGCAAAAAUAAACUGACCACCGCCGCUCACUUGAGCUCCGAAGAAGGACCUGCAUGCGCGCUCCAAUGGCGGCCAUUUCUCCAAUCGCCUCCGCGCCACUUCCUUCCCUAUCUCUCUCAUCCUCUUCUUCACCUUCACCAGCUUUCCUGGUCUUCAAACCUGCUUACCCGGUCCUCUCAUUCAACAGCAACAACUCCAUCCCUCGCCGGAACAAUUUCCUAUCCGCCGCAGCCGCAAACGCCGAUUCCGCCGCUCUAUCCUCCUCCAGCUCCCCGCCUCCGAAUCCGCCUCCGAGAUCCAAGGUGCGGCGGCACACGAUCUCCGUCUUCGUCGGCGAUGAGAGCGGGAUGAUUAACAGGAUUGCCGGCGUUUUCGCCAGGAGAGGUUACAACAUCGAGUCGCUGGCCGUUGGUUUGAACAAGGACAAAGCGCUCUUCACCAUUGUCGUCUCCGGAACGGAGAGGGUGCUGCAGCAAGUCGUCGAGCAGCUUCAGAAGCUCGUCAAUGUCUUGAAGGUUGAAGAUCUCUCCAGUGAGGCUCAGGUAGAGCGCGAAUUGAUGCUUAUAAAAGUGAAUGCUGAAACUGAGCACCGUGCUGAGAUCAAGUGGUUGGUCGACAUCUUUAGGGCAAAAAUUGUUGAUAUCUCAGAGCAUUCAGUCACAAUUGAGGUCACUGGAGACCCUGGGAAAAUGGUUGCUGUGCAGAGAAACCUAAGCAAGUUUGGUAUCAAAGAAAUUGCUAGAACUGGCAAGAUUGCAUUGAGAAGAGAAAAAAUGGGUGCCACUGCUCCCUUUUGGCGAUUCUCUGCCUCUUCAUAUCCUGAUCUUGGAGAGAAUGGGGCUGAAAAUGGACUAUCAGCGGUUAAAAGUAGAGCAGUCAUCACUGAAGCUGAUACGAGUGCAGGGGGAGAUGUUUAUCCUGUGGAGCAGUCUGAUGGGUUUCCUUUUCAUCAAGUUCUUGAUGCACACUGGGGUGUUCUAAAUGAGGAAGAUAAAAGUGGUCUUCGAUCACAUACUUUGUCCAUGCUUGUAAAUGAUGUCCCUGGAGUUCUCAACCUUGUUACUGGGGUUUUUUCUCGACGGGGUUAUAAUAUUCAGAGUUUAGCCGUUGGGCAUUCUGAGAAGGAGGGCCUCUCGCGUAUUACAACUGUCGUACCUGCUACAGAUGAAUCAGUUAGUAAAUUGGUGAAGCAACUGUAUAAGCUAGUUGACCUUCAUGAGGUUCGUGAUCUUACCUCCUCCCCGUUCGCUGAACGUGAACUAAUGUUGAUCAAGAUCGCGGUGAAUGCUGCUGCUCGCCGCGACGUCCUUGAUAUUGCCACCAUUUUCAGGGCAAAAGCAGUUGAUGUCUCUGACCAUACCAUAACCCUCGAGCUUACGGGAGAUCUGGACAAGAUGGUUGCUCUGCAGAGAUUGUUGGAACCCUUUGGCAUCUGCGAGGUUGCACGAACUGGACGAAUAGCUCUGGUUCGCGAAUCAGGCGUGGAUUCCAAAUAUCUCCGCGGAUACUCUUAUCCUAUAUAGUUAAUUCACAGGCACCCGUUCUUCGCAGCAACGACGAAGAAAGCAGUCUAACAGCAUGCUUCAGUGAGGUAAGAAUGAGGCCCCUGCUGGGAGACAGUUCGGUUACCGAAUGUUGUGCCAUUGCUGUGCUGUAUGCCGUAGUUUGGGACCAGCUACAUACUGGGUAGAACUUCCAUGUACUAUAAAACGAAAUUUUGUUCGCUUCCCUGUCUUCGAAAAUAUUGGUUUCUGUUUUGGUACGAGUUCUUGGCGUAAGCAGAAAUAUGACCUGUUGCUAUCUUAGUGGUGAACCGCCUGAUUCGUAGGAUAGAUAUUGGCCCUGUUCUCGCUAUGCUGCGAGUCGAAUGGAUGAUGUUCUCGACGUAUACAAAACGUUACGACGAAGUGGUAAGAUAUGAUAGCUGCCAAUAAGUGCUCUCAGGUUUAGUUUUCACAACCUAUAAUUCACAAAAAUACAAAUUUUAACGGCCGUCAAUGAACCUAAAAGUUUGAAUCGCGCGUAUCCGCUCUUAUGAAUUCAUCUAGCUAGUAUCUAUGUAUCGACCGCAUCUUUAAAUCGAACCAUGAGAUCUAUCAACAGUGUGAAGAGUAAAUAGACCUAAACGGC